AUGGAGUAUUUCCCCUUCGAACGAUUGCCUAUGGAGCUCAAGAUCAAGAUCAUCAGACUUGCUAUUCCCUCGACCCCUGCGCGCUUUGUAAAGAAUCACUUCCAAGUAUACUUGAUUAGUGGUUCGGCGCAUGAAGGGGAGGAAGAAUUGAGACGAAUUUGGGCUUCGUGCCCGGAAAUCAAGGCGAUAUGUGAUCAAAUUCGGUACUUCGUGAUAAAUGUCCCGGUUCCUUGGUAUUUAUCUGGAAUUCCCCAGAAGAAAAGGCCAGAAUCCUCUCAGCAAGCAGGCCUUCCUAUCCGGCGCAUGGUCUAUUGGACCUCAAAGCCUUGGAUCUCGGUGGGAGCUCAAGUAGGUUUAGAACCCAGCGAUGCGCGAGAGACGUUUUCCCAAUUGCCGUUCGACUCCUCGUUACCUAUAUGGCAGUACACCCCAAUGCUCAAGGCGUUUACAUUGGUCAUAGACAAGUGUGAUUGGAGUUGGCAUAUCGAGAGUUUUCAGCAAUAUGGGCCAGGAACCAGCGCAAGAACCAAUAUCCAUGAGGCAGAAGACGAUAGAUUCAUAAAUUCUGCAUCUCUACGGCUUCAGAGUGAUACUGGUAUUAGAUGGAUGCUGGAUCCGACUCGCACCCUACACUAUCGUUAUCCUGGAGAUCCUUUGACUUCUUUCCCGAGCGGAUUUUGGCCAUAUACACCGAUGAUUGGCUUCCAUGGGUACAGCCGAGGCAGUAGGUCCCAGGGAGGGAAAUGGGCUGGAUUCAGGUACUGGACCGAGACCAAGAAGAUUGAGUUUAGGCCCUUAUCGUGGCCAGAGGUUAAGGAUGCUAUGGAGGACGACCAAAGAGACCAGAUAUGGCACCAUGAAUUCAUUGCUCGACUAUGGAUCAAUCGGCCGGGAGAACCGGUAGAUGCUGAGCAGUCACAAUACGGUUGGAUUGAGGUGAAAGCUCCCGAAAAAGGCGACGCCGGUUGGAUAGAGCAGGUGGCAACAACGUGGAAGAUGGUUCGGUACACGUUGAUGAGAAUGGACGAAGCUAUGAAAAUCGACUGGCGUUUUGGAAAUGAGUAA